ACUGCCCGAAGGCUAAUGAAAGGAAGGUGUUCUGAUCCCUGCAAUUUCUGUUUCUUCAUCUUGUUAGAGUGGGGUUUUUUGCAAAAUAAGAGAACUAAUUUUUUUACCUUAAUAUGCCAAUACACACUGCGCUUUUUGCUCUCUUUUAUAGGGAAAUCCUCAUUGACGAUUCAGUUUGUCGAAGGCCAAUUUGUUGACUCCUACGACCCAACCAUAGAAAACACUUUCACAAAAUUGAUCACAGUCAAUGGACAAGAAUAUCACCUUCAGCUUGUCGACACAGCUGGACAAGAUGAGUACUCCAUCUUCCCUCAGACAUACUCCAUAGAUAUCAAUGGUUAUAUUCUCGUGUAUUCUGUCACAUCAAUCAAAAGCUUUGAAGUGAUUAAAGUUAUUCACGGCAAGUUGUUGGAUAUGGUGGGGAAAGUCCAAAUACCGAUUAUGCUGGUCGGGAAUAAGAAGGAUCUACACAUGGAAAGGGUGAUCAGUUAUGAAGAAGGGAAAGCGUUAGCAGAGUCUUGGAACGCAGCUUUUUUGGAAUCUUCUGCUAAAGAAAAUCAGACUGCCGUUGACGUCUUUAGGAGGAUAAUUUUGGAGGCAGAAAAAAUCGAUGGGGCUGCGUCACAAGGGAAGUCCUCCUGCUCGGUGAUGUGACCCCGACGUGACCCGCAGGGCCCGAGGACCCUGGGAGCCCGUCCUUCCCGCAGAGGCGGGCUGCCCCUUCUCCCUCCAGAGAAACUCAGCUUCUUUUUCCUUCUGUUAACCUGAAAGAUUUCAUUUGGGUCAGAGCUUUUUCCUGCCCCGCGCCCCCUUUCAGAUUAUGUUAAACUCUGACUCUGUCCAAAUGAGUUCAGUUCCAUUUUCAAAUUUUAAGCAAUCAUAUUUUCAAUUUAUAUAUUGUAUUUCUUAAUAAUAUUAUGACCAAGAAUUUUAUCGGCAUUAAUUUUUCAGUGUAGUUUGUUGUUUAAAAUAAUGUAAUCAUCCAAAUGAUACAUACUGUUACACUACUAUUAACUAGGCUUCAAUAUAUCAGUGUUUAUUUCAUUGUGUUAAAUGUAUACUUGUAAAUAAAAAGCUGCAAACCUUC